AUGAAUGAAUCCAAGAAAGACCAAUCUCACCAUGAUGGGCACGAUAUCGACAACAAUAUGCAUGACUUGAGCCCCGGUGAAGUCUCCAAAGCCAUGCAGCAACCCCAAGACCUGUUCAACAGCGAAGAUGGUGAAGUUGACUUCCGGGGCGUCUCAUGGCAAGGAGCUGCUAUCCUGAUUGCCAAAUUCCAAAUUGGACUCGGUGCCCUCAGUCUUCCAUCCACCUUCCAUGUCCUGGGGUUCUUCCCCGGCAUUUUGUGUUUCGUCAUCUUGGCCAUCAUGACAACCGUUGCUGGUUAUGUCUGGCGAGAGUUCAUCGGUGUCAUCUAUUACAUAUACCUCGCACUUGUUGCCGGAGCAGGGAUGCUCACCACAUCCGUGGCGUUCAAUGCACUCUCCGAACACGGAGCUUGUACGAUGAUCUUUGUCGCUGUCGCAUGUUUGGCUUCCUUUGUUGUUGGCACCGGAUUUCGGUCUCUAGGGAAAAUAGCCUGGCUUAGCUGGGUCGGUGUGGCCGGUAUCGUCUUUGCAAUUUGGAUAACGGCAAUUGCCUGUCUGACCCAAAGUCGACCCGCAGCAGCUCCGGCUGGCCCGAUCAACCUAGACAUCCGUGUCUUCCCGAAAGGCAACCUUCAUUCAGGCAAUGUCGGCAAUAUCCACUCAGCUAUUUGCCUUGGGUGCAUCGGGGACCUUUUUCUCCGUUCCUUUAUUGUUAUAACGAACAUCGCCAUUUCCUCCAUCAUGUAUGCGAAGGUUGGCCAAUACCUCGCAAGCCCAGCUCUCGGAUCAGCUGGUCUAUUGAUCAAGAAAAUAUCUUAUGGCAUUGCGCUGCCCGGCCUGCUAGUGACUGCUAUUUUAUGGAGCCACAUCGCAGCCAAAUAUUGGUUCGUGAGAAUCCUUCGUGGCACACGCCAUCUCCAAUCCAACACAGUCAUUCACUGGACCGUCUGGAUUGGUUCUAUGGCUGUGACAGUUGUGUUUGGGUUCAUCAUUGUUGGGGUUGUGCCAUUUUUCAAUGACUUUUUGAGUCUGGUUGGCGCACUUAUAAAUCCUGUCUUUACUAAUGUUCUCCCCGGUUUUAUGAUUCUCUUCUUCCUUGCGAAAAAUCCGAGCAGAGCAGGCGAUAUAGUGGAGGAUGUGGAAAGAGAGGAGUCAACGUCCGCGAUAAACUGGAUUCUGAAUGCUUUCAAGGCAUACCGAAAUGGGUGGAUAGCAGCUUUGACGCUUGUUGGUGCGUGGUUCAUGAUACUCGCUGGGUUCUUCAUCAUUGUCGGAGGCACCUACUCAACAACCUUGGGUAUUCGGGCAUCAUACAAUAAUGGCGCAGUAACAGGUGUCUUCUCCUGUGGGGACAAUUCUUAG